AUGACCACCACCGCCGAAGAGCCAAAGCAGACCUACCGCGGCAACUGCCACUGCAAGACCUUCGUCUACGAGGUCCAGCUCCCAGAGAUCAAGUCCGCCAGCGCCUGCAAUUGCAGCCUCUGCUCCAGGAAGGGGACCCUCUGGGUCAUUCCCCAGCGCGCCGACCUACGCUUCGUCAAAGGCGCCGAGGAUGACCUCUCGACGUACAACUUUGGUCCCGGCCAGAUUACGCACAAGGCGAGUCCCGGGAAUCUGAACACGCGGAAACGAGCAAGAUUCUCUGCAAUGAACCUGUCCGAGGGGGAAGAAGCACUAGGGCUGGCAUUUAUGCAGGUGCGCUCGAUCCAAGACCUCGAUAUUUGGGGACUGGAGAAGAAGACUUACGACGGCGCGUCUUACGGCGCCAACUACGAGCCUCACACCCACAACGGUCCCAGGCCGACGGCCGAGGUCGAGGGGGGCAAAGUUUACACCGGCAGCUGCCACUGCGGCGCUCUGACGGUGGCUGUCGUCAGCAAGCCCAUUGACGAGACGUACGAAAACGAAGUCAUCGAGUGCAACUGCAGCAUCUGCGAAAGGAAUGGAUACGUCUGGGUGUACCCCAAUAGCGACCAAGUCGUGCUGACGGGAGACGACGACAAGAUUGGCCGCUACGUCUUUGGACACCACAUUCUCGCAAAGACGUUUUGCAAGAACUGCGGCGUCCCGAUCACCAACCAGUUCAACCCGCUGAGCGAGGAGGAGCAGAGUAAUCUGGUGGAGCUGGCGCAGUACUGGUACGAGAAGUCGAAGACGAGGCAUCCCGUCAACGCGCGGGUUCUCGACGGGGUGGAUGUGAAGAGUCUGAAGAUUAUCCAGAUCGAUGGCAAGGGUGAGCAUCAGCCUGGAUACGUGAACCCCUGA